GGAUAUUUCAUCAGCGACCACAGAAACAGCGUAUCUGUCUCCUCUGUGUCCUUUCAACACCAUCGGUGUGAAGAUUUUAAAGGCAACAUUAGGACCACGCGAGAGCCGCCAAGAGCCACGUAGCUACCUGCUGCUUCGGCCCCUGACAAAUGGACUGGCAGCUAGACGGACAGCCGAACAUCGCCCAAUUUGGUUAGGACCGCAUGUCCUAAUCUGCUGCUACAAAAUACUGUGACCACAGACCUGCUACUUCCUGUUCUUUGCGUGCCCGAGUGACUGUUGCCUAAGUAAACACACCUACACUAAAGGACCAAUAAUAAGCAAGUAGUUGGUUUGCCUACCCAUCUGUCCAAAGUACUUCUACUUUCAUUCCCGUCGUACGUGUUCUGUUUAAGCUGUGUCACUCGCACACACCCACACGAGAAGGAUUGAAAACACGCCGUUUGGUGCAGCACCCACGCAGUCACAGCAAAUAUGGCCAGCAAACUGUCCAACUUUGGCAAAACCCUGCUGCGUCGCCGGGCAUUGAACUGCUCCGGUGAAGAGUCCCAAUUCGCCCGCUGCCUGUCCACCCUGGAUCUCAUCGCCUUGGGGGUGGGCUCCACACUGGGCGCUGGUGUCUACGUCCUCGCUGGCGAGGUCGCCCGGGAGAAGGCAGGACCCGCUAUUGUCCUCUGCUUCCUCGUCGCCGCACUGUCCUCCAUGUUGGCCGGCCUGUGCUACGCUGAAUUUGGCGCCCGUGUCCCUAAAACAGGUUCUGCGUACCUUUACAGCUAUGUGACAGUUGGAGAAAUCUGGGCCUUCAUCACCGGGUGGAAUCUCAUCCUCUCCUACGUGAUAGGUACGGCCAGCGUGGCCAGGGCGUGGAGCUCCACCUUUGACAACCUGGUUGAGCAGAAGAUCUCUGGCUUCUUCAAAGCCUCCAUGGCGAUGAAGGUGCCAGGGGGGGUGCUGGCAGAGUACCCCGACCUGUUCGCCCUCAUCCUCAUCCUGUUGCUCACUGGACUUCUGGCCUUUGGCGUGAGCGAGUCGGCGCUGGUGAAUAAGAUCUUCACGGGCAUCAAUCUGGUGGUUCUGGGCUUUGUUAUCAUCUCUGGCUUUGUUAAAGGAGACACGGCCAACUGGAACCUGACGGAGGAGGACUACAUCAGCUUCAUAAACGAGACCAACGGCAGCAGGACAUUGAAAGUUGAGGAGGAAUUCGGCGUGGGUGGUUUCGCUCCGUUUGGCCUCGCUGGAGUCCUGUCUGGUGCUGCCACCUGUUUCUAUGCCUUUGUGGGCUUUGACUGCAUCGCCACAACAAGCGAAGAAGCAAAGAACCCCAUGCGGUCCAUACCUAUUGGCAUCGUGGCCUCGCUGCUGAUCUGUUUUUUCGCCUACUUUGGCGUCUCCGCCGCUCUUACCAUGAUGAUGCCGUACUACCAGCUGAACACCCAGAGUCCUCUGCCUGAGGCCUUCAGCCACGUCGGCUGGGCUCCAGCCAGAUACAUCGUGGCUGUGGGCUCUCUCUGCGCUCUGUCCACCAGUCUCCUAGGCUCUAUGUUCCCCAUGCCCCGUGUCAUCUACGCCAUGGCAGAGGACGGGCUGCUGUUCCGUAUCCUGUCCAGGAUGAACGCUCGCACAAAGACUCCUCUACUGGCUACCAUCGUUUCUGGCAUCGUUGCAGCUCUGAUGGCCUUCCUGUUCGACCUGGCAGCUCUGGUUGACCUCAUGUCCAUUGGAACUCUGUUGGCGUACUCUUUAGUGGCCAUCUGCGUCCUCAUCCUCAGGUACCAGCCAGGCACCCUGAGUUCGUCCAGCCAGACGGAGAAGCUGGUGGAGCUGGUGGGAGGGGAGAAGGUGGCCGUAAGCGGGGGGGACAGCGGUGACGAAUACGGCAUGGAGAUGGAGGAGAGGCCGCUCCGAGAGACCUUCACCGCCAAGCUGCUCUUCUGCCCAAGCGGAAAGACCCCAACACAGAUCUCCGGGACCAUUGUCUACGCCACCACUGCUAUCAUUUCGGUUCUCAUCACUAUACUGUGCGUUAUCCUGGCCAACUGUCUGACGGAGCUGCUGGCCGGGCAUGCAGGCGUCAUGGUGCCCUGUAUCAUUCUGGCUCUGCUCUGUUGCGUCUGUGUCAUCAUUAUCUUCAGGCAGCCUGAGAGCAAAGAGGCUCUCACGUUCAAGGUCCCUCUGCUCCCCUGGUUGCCCCUGUUCAGUGUUUUCGUCAACAUCUACCUCAUGAUGCAGCUGGACAUGGGCACAUGGGUCCGCUUCGCCGUCUGGAUGAUUAUCGGUUUCGCCAUCUACUUCUUCUACGGCAUUAAGAACAGCAGCGAGGCCUCCAACAGGUCGUCCCCGCGCAAAUACGAGCCUGCACUGCAGAGCAAAAGCCCGAUUUACAAAGGCGCUCCUGACGACAGUGACGUGGAGGCGGGCAGCCCCUGAUACAGACUGACGUAGACCUGGGGAGAGUUGCAGAGCGUCUACACUCAUUUUUGGCAGUUUGGUUGAACUGGCAGCCAAAUGCUGCAGUGUAGGCGGCCCUGGAACGCAGCCCUGGGUUUAAAGGAAGUAGAGGCAAGAAAACGCCACACACAUCUUACCUCUGGCUUGGAGGCUGAUUAACUUGAUGGCAAGACACUGUGACAGAGCCACUUUCUGUCCCAUGUUGCUGUUUUAAUCUGUCUGUUUGUGCUUAGCCUUAGUCCUCUGGAGGUCUACCUAUAACACAUGCUUUGAAUGGACCUAACUAACAAAGAGUACCACAGUACUCCUCACGAAUUCUGUUUUUCCGUUACCUGAAGCCGUUUACUGGAAGAAUUUAACUGUUGCUUCCUUUCUGUGCGCCGUGGCUGUGUGUGGAGUCACCAGGCACAUGUAUUUCACUGGAAGGUUAAAAAAAAAAGAAAAAGAAAAAAAGAAUAUGACUUGAGCCAGCGAGUUAACGAUCGUCAAGACACUUGGAUCUGUGAGCUAGACUUCAAACUGUAUAAGAACCAUGAGUAGUUUUGAAUAGGUUUAACUAUCUAGGUUAUUGAUCUGUUUUUAUUGCACCAGCCUGUUUGUUUUUGUGUGUCAACAGGGUAGCACUGAAGCUGUGUGGUUUACAGCGUCAGCCAGGGCCUCAGUGCAGUUAGGUCAGUAGCACACGGUCGAUGUCAUCUUACACUGUGCAGUGUCUAAAGCUGACGUACAUGCUUUACAGAUUGGAUGAGUUUUUAACAAACUAUCACCUUUGUGCCCCCCCCUGCUCCCACAGCCAUGCAGUAUAUGUGUAACAUUACAAAAUGGAAGAAUGACAUUAGUUGCUUGCUUAAAUUAUUAAUGUUAAGCUUUUGUCUUGCAUAUAGAUUGGGCUGCAAUGGUAUGUGCAAGGCAUUAUGUGGCCUUCAACCUAAACCAGAUUAAUUUAAACGGUUGGUAAAACGCUCAGCGGCCAAACAGGCGCAAACUUCUUUUCUGCCCAUAAAACCCAGAAACUGAAAUAAAAAAGGCAAAAGAAAGCAGGAUUUAUUAGAUUUAAUCUCUGCUUUCUUUCUGGUAUUUACUGUAGGGGAAACUACAUCCGUCUCAUUCCAAAAACAUACUGUCAUACACCUUUUUUGCUUAUAUUUGUUUGGAUAUAGAUGAAGAUCUGUAUGAAUUUUAAGUAAUCUGUGUUGUUAAUUUACUAGUUCCAGAUCUAACCUGCAGCUGUCUGCUUCAGGUGCUUUGCAAGGCUGUACCCAGAUGUGUUUUUUGCAGAUCUGAGAUUUGCACUCAACCUGCUGCUUAAUCUCAUCGAGUUGUCUUCUCAAGGGGCCAAGGAAUAGUGCAUUUAAAAAUUCAGUCAAUACACAGUGGAUUGUUCCUAAUUAACAUCUGUCCAACUCUGUCAGAUCCGCUUUGGUGUCUGGGAGCUGGGGGCCUGUUUCUGAACGAGGGCCUGUCUUUAAUCACCACUAAAAUAUCUUCACCUUUUUGUUUUCGCUCCAUUGUGAAAAGAAAAAGGUUCUUGUUUAGUUUCAAUUGAAACUUGUUCUUUGGCAGCUUUGUCUGUGGAGCUCCCAUCGCUUGUAUUUUAUUCAACUUUAUUUUACUACUUUAUUUACUUUUCUCUAAUAGAGUAAUAUUUAAAUGUUUAUAGCGUGGUUUGUUUUGGGAUAGCUGUCGUUUUUUUUUUCCCGUUUUGCUCCUUCAUAUCAAUCUCAAUCAAUUAAUAUGCUUUUUAGAUGUAUUUUAAUUGUUACAUGUACAGUUUUUAGUGUACUGUCCGUUUGGUCAUGAUGUUUUCCCCUCCUUUCCUUCCUCUUUUUGUUGCAUGUCUUGCAACACCAACUGAUUUAAUUGUGACAUUUAGCGAUCCUUCCUGACCAAAUGAACAUGUUUUUGGAAACUUGAGCUUUCCGAAGCAAACAAUGACCACUAAAGUCGGUCUCUAAAUUGUGUAAUUUAAAAUGUUUUUCGCCCAAUCCUCAGUAUAAUUUAUUGUUAAUAGCAUUUUUUUUGUUGUUCUAUUAAAGUGCUUUACUGUAGAGUGUACAGUAUUUGUUUAAAAGUCUUAUUUGUAUAAUGCUGUAAAUUAUACAAAUGUGCUUUCUUUAAAACGUGACCUUAAGUAUAAUUUGGUAAAAGAUGGUUUUUGUAAAUUACAUAUUUCAUUUGAGACUUGAUGCUGCUGAAAUCCAGACUACACAAAUCCUAGUCCCUUUUUUCCAGAUGAAAUGGUCCUGUGGACGCAGUAUUGAGGCAUUUCUGCAGAUUCUUGAACAGAUGUCCUGAAACAUCUUCUCUGUUUUUGCUUAGAAGAUGCCCCCCCCCCCCUCCCCUCCCCUCCCCUUUUAGACAUGUCAGAAGUUGACAUAUCUCCUAAAAAGGUCAUGAAGGGAUGGUGCAGUCAGGGUAGAUUGAGAUGUGAUUUGAUUAUCUGGUGCCUAAGGAACCAUCCGUCUGCCUGAGAAAGGCACUGGGGCUGGUCAAUCAACGAGUCGGGCCGUGUCUCAGUCUGCCGUGAGUCAAACGUAAUCUGAGGCUCAAGACUUUCGCUGGACGUCCACCUUUAAUUCAUCAUUUAAAGGUUAUGUGAUGUGGCUGCGACUCACGUCAUGCAGAUUUUUCUCAACCAGCCCUGGUGCCUUUCAAAAAUCAAUACUAUCUCCUCCCCUCUUAGUGCUAUCUCGUUAACAGCAAUGAUCUAUUUUUGUCUUUCUGUUUUAUAUAUUGUACAUAUGGCUGUCAUGUAUAAAACGAGCUGUAUUUUCAAUGUUUUUUUUUAAUAAAACAAUUCUUGCUUA